AUGGAAUACGAUGAAACAAGCGCCAGGGAACUGCUCGAAGUGCUGGAUGGCGACAAGAGCGGCCUGAUCGAUUUCCAAGAGUUCUGCGCCUUCAUCGCUAGGAUCAAGGCCGGCGAUUCUAAACUGAAAGGAUUUGCAGCACUCACGGAGACGCUCAACACGACCUCGGUCGGUAUUCUAGAAGAGCAGUGCCUGAAACGCCACCUCAAGGUUUCCUACGAUAUAGUGGAGGAGAGGCCUGCGACGGCGAUGUGCCCCGACAAGCACGUCAUCAUGGAGGUGAGGACGGACCAACCUCACACCGUCUUUCAUGGCGAUGAUGGUAUGUUACCAAGGAAAUCGUGUGGCAAAUCGCAGCAUCAAGUCCGGCUUGAGGGCGAGUGGAUGGAGCCGUCGUCCGAUGGUGGUGUCACGAGGACAAUCGGGUUGCGACGGUUUCAAGGCAUCGGAAAGAGCACCCGAGAGGGGAGAAUGAACGCCGCGGAAUCUGCGUUGAAGAAGCUGCGAGACAUGAUGCCCGGACUAGACGUGGAACAGGGGGUUAUCCCUAGGACUUGGGAGCGAUGGCUCAAGGAUAACGCCAGGAAAGGCGUCGAGCUCAACCGCUUGCUGGCGCAGCUGCGUGCGAAGGGCUUCGCACCGUUUGCCAACCCGGAAGUGAUGCAAUGGGCGUUGGCGACUGGCGGACUUGACCGGUUGAUUGAAGCUCACCCUAACGGAGGACCCACGGUAGAAGGCGGGGCGGACCUUAGGCCGGAAUGGCGAGCUUGGAUCGACCACUGCCUCAGCACCGGGCUGGACGGGGCUGUCCUGCUAGAGGUGUUGUGUGACAGAGGAAUCUCGACGCGCAGGAUGGAAGGGUACGCCCAGCGCCUGCGAAGGGGAGAAGGGAGCACGGGUGCCGAUUUGGUGCGGCCGAGGCUCCUGGACUUUUGGCAGGUGUGCAUGAUGAGUUGCCGCAUCGUACCAGUGCUUCAAGGGUUCUUGUUUGAAGUGGAGCUAUAUCUCUCUGCCGGCCAGCCUCCCGACGCCGGGGCCCUGCACUUGCCACGCGGGGCCGUCAGCCUGCCGCUAGCUUUGGCGGCUGCGAGGGGUCAUUGCGAGGUGAGGUACCUCCUCCCAACGAGAAAGUGUAGUCGAUCUUCUGGAAGCAACACGCAACGGUAG